UAGGACGUUACUAUGGACCACUUGUUUUCCGAAACGAUGCAUUUACAGUGCAACAUAUUUGCGUAAUCUAGUUGGAAAUAUCGAUGAGAUUAGGGAUUUUAUCUGAGAUUUCAGAGCUGUAGAUAUAUAAUCCUACUGUUACACGAUAACAGAGGUAUCGGUUACGUGCCGAGAAUCAACAGAAACUUGCUGUGUUAGCUAGCUAGCGGUACCAUUAGCUGUCAUUGCUAACGUUAACGUUAAAUCAAAGACGGUCAUCCCCAGUGCAAAAUUGUUCCUUCUAUUUUUCCCUUUAUAGUCACAUUAACGCAAUUGUUAAAAUUCCUGAUAAAGAUGAGCGAACAGCUGAAAUUUAUCGUUGAACAGCUCAACAGAGAGCCCUUCAAGAAAAGUUUCAACUUGAUCACGUUUGACUCCCAGGAGCCGAUGCAACUGUUGCAAAUUCUCAAUGAUGUCUUGGCAGAAAUUGACCCCAAGCAAGCUAUUGACAUCCGUGAGGAGCUCCCCGAGCAGACAACCAAGAGGAUGAUCACCUUACUGGGGAUGCUCAAGUACAAACCACCGGGGAGUCUCUCCGAAGCGAGCAGCUUCCGGCAGGGCCUGGUGACGGGCAGCAAGCCGGUGGUCCACCACAUCCUCUUCUGGCUGCUGCAGAAGCUGCCGGAGCUCAAGAAGAGGGCCUACCUGGCCCGCUUCCUGGUCAAGCUCGAGGUGCCCGCAGACUUCCUCCAGGAUGACGUCAUUGCAGACACCUACCACCAGUAUGAGGAGCUGGUGGAGGGCUUUAAGACUUACCACAAGGAUUGUGAGCAGCUGAAGAGUUCUGGCUUCUCCACCGCAGAGAUCCGCCGGGACAUCACAGCGAUGGAGGAGGAGAAGGAACAGCUGAUCAAACGCGUGGAGAGGCUGAGGAAACGCGUGGAGACCGUGUCCAACCACCAGCGCAUGCUGGAGCUGACCAGGCAGCUGCGGGUAGAGAAGGAGCGAGAGGAGGCCCUCGCCCAGCAGAAACAGGAGCAGAAGAACCAGCUCUUUCAGGCUGAGCAGAGGCUGCAGAGGGCCCAGUUGCAGCUGAAGGACCUGAAUCAGGCAGCAGCAGAUGCCAAGCCUGAGAGUGUGAUGAGGAGGCUAGAGGAGGAGAUCAAGUUCAACAGCUACAUGGUGACGGACAAGCUGCCCAAGGAGGUGCAGAGCAAGCGCGUGGCCGUGCAGUACCUGCAGAAGGUGGCGUCCGAGCCCGCCAUGGGCCAGGCUGAGCUGGCCGAGCUCGAGGACAAGAUCCGUGAGGCCAACAUUCAGAUCAACCAGCUGAUUGAGAAGAGAAUGAUGCGGAAUGACCCCAUGGAUGAUAAGCUCUCUCUGUUCAGACAGCAGGCCUCCAUCAUCUCGCGUAAGAAGGAGGCGCGUGCGGAGGAGCUGCAGGAGGCGCGAGAGGAGCUGGGCGCUCUGGAGAGGGAGCUCCACAUGAAGAGCAGCCAGGCCCGCGACCAGGACGGAGCGCAGUUCAUCAGGGGAGACGAGUUCAAGCGCUAUGUGGCUAAGAUGCGGAGCAAGAACGUGGGCUACAAGAAGAAGAAGCAGGAGCUGGACGGCCUGAAGGCCGAGUACGGAGUCCUGCAGAGAACCGAGGAGAUCCUCAAACAGAGACACGACGCCGGCCUACAGCAGCUGCAGUCCGUGGAGGCCCAGAAGGGUAUCUCGGGCUACAGCAACACCCAGGAGGAGCUGGAGAGGGUCUCGGCCAUCAAGAGCGAGCUGGACGAGAUGAAAGGACGCACCCUGGACGACAUGUCUGAAAUGGUGAAGAAGCUGAACUCUGUGAUCGUGGAGAAGAAGUCGGCCCUGGCCCCCCUCAUUAAGGAGCUGAGACCCCUGCGGCAGCAGUGCCAGGAGUUGACUCAGGAGUACGAGGAGAAGAAAGGCCAGUAUGACACCUGCGCUGCGGGGCUGGAGAGCAACAGGUCCAAACUGGAACAGGAAGUCCGAGCUUUACGAGAGGAGGUGGACCAGGAGGAGAACCGACACUUCUACAUCAACUGCAUGAAGCAGAUAAUUGAGGUGCAGUUGCAGAGAGCUGCUGAUGAGAUGAAGGCAUAUGUCUCCUCCGAUCCUCAGGAGAGAAGGAAGACUCUCAGGGACCAGUACAUGAAGCACAUAGCGGAGCAGGAGUCCUUGGGCAAGAAACUGCGUGAGCAGCAGAAGGUGGUGCGUGAGAGCCACGGCCCCAACAUGAAGCAGGUGAAGAUGUGGAGGGACCUGGAGCAGCUGCUGGAGUGCAAGCGCCACUGCUUCCUGCGCGCCCAGAGCCAGGCCUCCAUCGGACAGGUCAUCCAGGAGGGAGGGGAGGACCGCCUGGUGCUCUGAGCGCACACACACACACACACACACACACACACACACACACACACACACACACACACACACACGCACCCCACGCCCAGCCUGGUGCUCUGACCACGCGUGCACACACACACACACACACACACACACACACACACACAC